AGUCAUAACUGUCUUAGAAGAGAAAAAGUUCGGAUGUCUUAAGCUUAAUUCCACGUUACUCGAAGAUUCUACAAAAAAAUAUUAUCUUAUUUAAAGUGGCUUUUUAAAAAAAGAGAUGCUGUGUGAACCAAGACUCUAUUUUCCAUUCAACUACAAACAAAUGUGGAUGACUAUAUUCAUAUUUAUUUUCUUUUGUGCAGGAGGAAGUCGUGUAUAUUCUGUCCUGUAUGUCAACUUUUCUGCCGAACCAAAAGAGUAUUUGGUGGGGCCAGGCAAUAAAGGAGACAAGCUCACGAUGACAUGCAGCCUGUUUAGACAGGCUAAUGAGUCUGAUCUCACGAUAGAAAUCUUUCAGAUAUUAAAUGAGAAAAAGAACAACUACUUCCGCCACGACUACAAGGCGAUUAAGGACGUCACCAAUAUCAGGAAACUUGAAGUUAGACUGCUUCGCCGAACCGCCUUUAUGCGAGGGCUUGGAUGCCAGAUUCUGCUAUAACAAAGUGUAUAACAAAGGGGAUAACAAAGGGGAACUAUUUAUCAGGGUGAUCAUUGCACACCUGCAGUGUGGACAUAGGGGCAAGUGGACAUGCCAGGUCACUCCUCCAUCAGCCCACGCUACAGCAAAGGCCAAAACCAUACAGGUGGUUGGAUUCACGCGUCCAUCAGACGUUAAAAUAAAAGCAGAUGGCGUCUCAGACACCGGGUUCUUGAUCGCCAUGAGUGGAACCACCAUCAGCUUUACUUGUGAAGGCAACGUGGGUUCGCCAAAUGGCCAUUUCUACUUCGCAACCAAACAACACCUAGUUACAAGCGAAUUGAAUGAAGAGGAUCUUUACAACGCCACUGAGGAAACCGAGGCCGAGGACAAAGAGUGCAUUUGGACUCGCACGGGCAUUUUGGAGCAUCAACUUUCAGACGUCGAUGACCAUAAGAGUUUCAAGUGCGGUGUCCGGUGUGAAAAGUGUGAACACGAGAUCCUCUUCCCCCACUCCAUCAUCACUGUCUUCAUCGUCAACCUUAACGGCACUACUUGGCACUCUUUGAACCCUCUGGUGACGGGUGGAAUCACCGAUCCCCUAGCGCCCAGUAAUGCAAGCUCUGCUGCUGCCACCCUCUCUGAGUGCACCAACGACGUCUGGGUCAUCUUCGGGGUGGCGGCUGGUGGCAUCAUCGCUCUCGUCAUCAUCAUCGAGUCCAUUUUCUACUUGCGCAAAAAGAUAAAGUCCCUAUCCUGGUAUAGCUUCUAGGCUAGGCCCGAGAACCAUCUAGGCCGUGUCUUGAUAUAGCGAUGUGUCCCCGGUCUGAACAUGGUUCGCAAUGAGCAGCAAUCACCGUCAAUCGGGGUAUAUCUUGGGACAACAGUAAUAACAAGUUUACUUAGGACAUAAGAUCGGUGAGAGAUGACUUACAUAAAGUACACAUGAGAAGAGUCUAUAUAGUAUUAUUACCAAUUUUCUCUAAUUUGUCUUCAGUUUUUAAGCUCCUCAGUUAUGUAUUGCAUCUAAGGAGCGUAUUGAUGACGCGAGGGUAGGUCGUUGCACCUGGGGUAGCAUGGGGGAACUCCAGGACAAGCUUCUGGUUUCAGUUUAAGAAACUGUUUCUAGCAUCACACACACACACGCACGCACGCACGC